GCCCUGCCCGCCUGCCCGCCUGCCGCUCCGGGAGCUUCCUCCCACCGUCGCCCGGGACGCGCUCGCUCCUUCCUCCUUCCCAGCCGGGCUUAGGGCGGCGGCGGCGGCGGGGGCGGCUGCGACCAUCACGGGAGGAGGCAGCCGCGGCGGGGCCGACUCCUAAUGCUCCUGGCUGGCCGGUGGUGAGCUGGGGCUGUGGGGCCGACGUGGUGGGCUCCGCAAGGAAUCCCCUUUGACACCAAUGGAUGCUUUCCCGGGCUCGGGCCUCAAGAGGAAGUUUGACGACGUGGAUGUGGGCUCCUCCGUGUCCAACUCGGACGAUGAGAUCUGCAGCAGUGACAGCGCGGACAGCUGCGAUAGCCUCAACCCUCCAACGACUGCCAGCUUCACCCCCACCUCCAUCCUGAAGCGGCAGAAGCAGCUGCGCAGGAAGAAUGUCCGCUUUGACCAGGUGACUGUGUACUACUUUGCCCGGCGCCAGGGUUUCACCAGUGUGCCCAGCCAGGGCGGGAGCUCCCUGGGCAUGGCGCAGCGCCAUAACUCUGUACGCAGCUACACGCUCUGCGAGUUUGCUCAAGAGCAGGAGGUGAACCAUCGUGAGAUUCUGCGUGAGCACCUGAAGGAGGAAAAACUCCAUGCCAAGAAGAUGAAGCUGACCAAGAACGGCACGGUGGAGUCCGUGGAGGCUGACGGCCUGACGCUGGAUGAUGUUUCCGAUGAAGACAUUGACGUGGAGAACAUGGAGGUGGAGGAUUACUUCUUCCUGCAGCCCUUGCCCACGAAGCGGCGGCGAGCCCUGCUGCGGGCAUCUGGGGUGCACCGCAUCGACGCUGAGGAGAAGCAAGAACUCCGCGCCAUCCGCCUGUCGCGGGAGGAGUGUGGCUGUGACUGUCGACUCUAUUGUGACCCAGAAGCAUGUGCCUGUAGCCAGGCUGGGAUCAAAUGCCAGGUGGAUCGCAUGUCCUUUCCGUGCGGCUGCUCCCGGGAUGGCUGUGGGAACAUGGCUGGGCGCAUUGAGUUUAAUCCGAUCCGAGUCAGGACUCACUACCUUCACACCAUCAUGAAGCUGGAGCUGGAGAGCAAGCGGCAGGUGAACCGCCCUGCGGACCCCGACGAGGAGCCCUCCGCUGCAGCCGGCUGCAGUGUGACGGGCGCCCCGGGCUCCGAGACACAGGACUUCCAGGAGUUCAUCGCUGAGAACGAGACGGCAGUGAUGCACCUGCAGAGUGCCGAGGAGCUAGAGCGGCUCAAGGAGGAGGAGGACUCGAGCGGCUCCAGCGCCAGCCUGGACUCGAGCAUCGAGAGCCUGGGCGUGUGCAUCCUUGAGGAGCCGCUGGCCGUUCCUGAAGAGCUGUGCCCCGGCCUCACAGCCCCCAUCCUCAUCCAGGCCCAGCUGCCCCCCGGCUCCUCCGUGCUGUGUUUUACUGAGAACUCGGACCACUCAGCUGCCUCUCCGGCGAACGUGAACAACCCGUCGUACUUGAACAGCGGGCCUCUGGUCUAUUACCAGGUGGAGCAGAGGCCAGUCUUGGCAGUGAAGGGAGAGCCUGGUGCAGAAGAAGGCCCAUCCUCUUUCCCCAAGGAGAAGGAUGUGAGUGUCUUCUCCGUCCCAGUUACCUCACUGGUGGCCUGUGGCCCCCCAGACCCACCUGCCCUCCACAGAUCGGAGGUGGGGAAGACAGCCUCUCGAGAUGCACUGCUGCCUGAAGAGUGUAACCCCGAAGAGCCUGGCAACGAAGACUUCCGCCCUUCCUGGUCCCCCUCGAACCUUCCCUUCCGCACAGACAAUGAAGAAGCCUGUGGGCUGGAGAAGCCCUCGCAGCCGGACGAGGACCGGUCCCCCGAAGAGGCUGCUGUAGAACUGCCCCUGGCUGUGUGACCUGGAGCUGGUGACGCUGCCUCUUGCCCACUCUAUUUAUUACCUUAUUUUAGCGAAUGACAUUUCAAAGCAAAACUGCAGAAGCAGCUGCUGCUCCCAUGCUAUUUUAUUGGGGUCUUUGGGGAAUGGGAGGGAAAGGAUUGUCUGUAGAAGUAUUUUUUAAAGGAGAAGCAGUACCAAGGAGACCAAUCCCAGUUCCCCCCCGGCAUAGAGUCUUGGGCCAAAGGAGGCCACACUGUGGCCAACAUGGAGCUUUCUGGGCUAAUGGGACAAAGCACCAAGAUCUCACAGA